UACACGUCGUUCGUGAAUAGCAUUACGGCACUUCCCACACAACGUGGGCUGUGGAUGUGGCAGUGAAGCGCUGCGAUUCUCACUGAAUACGUGUCUUCAUUUCGCCGUUCACUUACAAGUGUAGCUGUGGUUGGCUUUCCAGGUCUCCAUCUCGCUGGUGGUCCUGAACUUUCAGUGCCAUGUUUGCCAGGUUGGCUUCCUGCUCUCCUCUGCCAUUCAGAACACGGCAAUCAAAUGUGUGCCCAGUCUACAUCAGAGCCUUUUCCCAGGCUAAAUUCGUUCUCCCUCGAUCCCAUGGGAAGUCCUUUGCACACCGCAGUGAGCUGAAGCAAGCCAAACGCGUUGUAGUGAAGCUUGGGAGCGCUGUGGUGACGCGUGGAGAUGAAUGUGGUCUGGCACUGGGACGACUGGCUUCAAUAGUAGAGCAGGUGGCCAUGCUACAGAAUCAAGGCAGGGAGAUGAUGAUUGUUACGAGUGGUGCUGUGGCAUUUGGGAAGCAGCGACUGAGACAUGAGAUACUGCUGUCUCAGAGUGUCAGACAAGCUCUGCAUUCUGGACAGAACCAACUGAAAGACAUGACAGUCCCAGUUUUGGAAGCAAGAGCCUGUGCUGCUGCUGGGCAGAGCGGUCUGAUGGCGCUGUACGAAGCUAUGUUCACCCAAUACAGCAUCUGCACUGCACAAAUUCUGGUCACCAAUCUGGACUUUCACGAUGAACAGAAGCGCCGGAACCUGAACAGCACGCUACAUGAACUGCUGCGUAUGAAUAUCGUCCCGAUAAUUAACACGAACGAUGCUGUUGUUCCACCCCCCGUUCCCAACAGUGACCUACAGGGUGUAAAUGUAAUAAGCAUCAAAGAUAACGACAGCUUGGCUGCACGGCUGGCUGUUGAAAUGAAAGUAGACCUACUUAUUGCCCUGUCUGAUGUCCAAGGCUUAUACGAUAGUCCGCCAGGAACAGAUGAUGCCAAGCUCAUUGAUAUAUUCUAUCCCGGAGACCAACAAUCUAUCACAUAUGGGACUAAAUCCAGAGUUGGUAUCGGCGGCAUGGAAGCAAAGGUGAAAGCAGCCCUCUGGGCACUGCAGGGUGGCACCUCAGUAAUCAUUGCCAAUGGCACAGACCCAAAAGUCACCGGUCACGUCAUCACAGACAUUGUGGAAGGGAAGAAAGUUGGCACCUUUUUCUCUGAAGUGAAACCUGCAGGCCCAACUGUGGAGCAGCAGACAGAGAUGGCACGACAUGCAGGCAGAACCCUGGCCUCUCUGCUCCCUGAACAGAGAGGGGAGAUCAUCUGCUGUCUUGCUGAGCUCCUUACAGAGAAGAAAGAAGAAAUUCUUAAUGCAAACAGGAAAGACAUGGAGCUAGCAACAACAUUAGGUCGUCUGUCCCAGCCUCUGAUCAAUCGCCUGAGUCUGUCAACAGCCAAGCUGAACAGUCUUGCCAUUGGCCUGCGUCAGCUCGCCGUUUCCUCCAGGAACAGCGUCGGCCGGGUGCUGAGGAGGACUAGAGUGGCCAACAACCUAGAACUAGAACAGAUCACAGUCCCCAUCGGUGUCCUGCUGGUCAUCUUUGAGUCUCGCCCUGAUUGUCUGCCACAGGUGUCAGCACUAGCAAUUGCAAGCGGAAAUGCUUUGCUCCUGAAAGGUGGCAAAGAAGCUUCCAACACCAACAAAAUUCUACAUCAACUCACUCAAGAGGCCCUUUCCAUUCAUGGUGUAGCAGAUGCCAUUCAACUGGUGAGCACACGUGAGGAAGUUGAGGAUCUGUGCAGACUGGACAAGAUGAUUGACCUGAUCAUUCCAAGGGGCUCGUCUCAGCUGGUCCGGGAAAUCCAGAGGGCAGCCAAGGGCAUUCCUGUUUUGGGCCACAGUGAGGGCAUCUGUCACGUCUACAUCGACAGUGAUGCCAGCAUUGACAAAGCUCUUGAUGUUGUGAAAGACUCUAAAUGUGACUACCCUGCUGCCUGCAAUGCCAUGGAGACUCUUCUUAUUCACAGAGAUUUGCUGCGUACUCCUGUGUUUGACCAGAUCAUUGACAUGCUGAGAACAGAGCAAGUAAAGAUUCAUGCUGGUCCUCGCUUCGCAUCCUAUUUAACUUUUAGCCCAUCUGAGGUCAAGUCUCUGAGGACAGAGUAUGGGGACCUGGAAUGCUGCAUUGAGGUGGUUGACAGCAUGCAGGAAGCUGUGGACCACAUCCACAAAUACGGCAGCUCCCACACUGAUGUCAUUGUUACUGAGAAUGAAGAAACAGCCGAGCAGUUUCUGCAACAGGUGGACAGCGCCUGUGUAUUCUGGAACGCCAGCUCUCGCUUUGCUGAUGGCUACCGCUUUGGCCUUGGAGCUGAGGUUGGUAUCAGUACAGCACGGAUACAUGCCAGAGGACCUGUAGGUUUGGAGGGACUUUUGACCACCAAGUGGGUCCUUCGAGGGGAGGGACACACAGUGGCUGACUUCUCGGAGCAAGGCAGCAUGAAAUACCUUCAUGAAAACAUCCCUGUGCCCCAGGGGAGUUUCAAUUAGAAACCACUGAACAACAUAAAGUAACGUGUUUAUUUAGAGGUUUGUCUGUAGCGUUUCAACUCACAAGCUGCUUUCACAAUCCUGUUUAGGUCUGUUUUGUUGGGUGGUUGGAAGAAUGGGGGGCAACUUUUAUCAGACAACCAAUAUCCUGGUUUUGUGAACCUAUGAAUCCAUGUGAAACCCAAGAAAAUUGACUGAUGGCUAAAUGAGAGAAAACUGUAAAAGUAAAACAGAACUUAGGACUGGACAAAGCGCUUUUCACUUCAACGCCAUUUUUGUAAUUGCAUCAAACUAAAUCAUUGUUCCAGCUGUGAUUUUCUAAGUUAUUUUUCUACACGCAAACUCUCCCUUGAUCUUGUUUAUGCAGGAUCUUGUUUUGGAUUUACUUUGCUGUCUUUCCUCUUUGCACAGAUAAUUUAAUAAAUAUGGUGUACAGUUCUUUAAUUAUAA